AUGUGACGAUGGGGCACUCUUUGCUCUGCAUGAUGGGCUUUUUCUUGCUCAGUACUGUCAUCUGUGGAAAUGCUGAAGUUCCCAUUAAGCCCACUGUGACUGUGGAGCCAUUCUGGCCUCAGAUAUACAGCGGUGAGACAGUCACUGUCAGAUGUGAGAUUCAUGGAGGUGAAGGAGCUCAGUGGACGUAUGAAUGGAGUCCAGACAAGUUAAACACACCUCCAACAUCCAAUGAACACAAAAUUACAGUUACUGAGUCUGACAGUGGAGGAUACAGCUGCUUAGGUGGAAGAAACUCCACCUGGACAGAGUCGAGUGAUGUCACCACAUUGAGAGUAACAGCUCCUCCUGAGCCUACUGUGACCCUGCAGCCAUCCGGGACUCAGAUAUACAGCGGUGUGAUAUACAGAGCUCCUCCUAAGCCUGCUGUGUUCCUGCAAUCCUCCUGGACUCAGAUAUACAGCCGUGAGACAGUCACUCUCAGAUGUGAGAUUCAAGGAGGUGAAGGAGCUCAGUGGACGUAUGAAUGGAGACGAAACAACCUGGACCAUCCUCCAACAUCCAGUGAAUACAGAAUCAGCAGUGCUACUAAGUCUGACAGUGGACGAUACAGCUGCAGGGGUAAAAGAAGCUCCUCCUGGACAGAGUGGAGUGAUGUCACCAAAUUAACUGUAUCAUCUCCUCCUAAGCCCACUGUGACCCUGCAGCCAUCCUUGACUCAGAUAUACAGAGGUACCACAGUCACUGUCAGAUGUGAGAUUCAGGGAGGUGAAGGAGCUCAGUGGACGUAUGAAUGGAGAGGAGGCCAGAAAAACAUACGUGGAACAUCCAGUGUAUAUACAAUCAACAGUGUUAAUGAGUCUGAUGGUGGAGGAUACAGCUGUCGGGCCACAAGAAGCUCUUCCUGGACAGAGUGGAGUAAUAGCACCCCAUUGAGAGUAAUAAUUCCCACUAAGCCCACUGUGACCCUGCAGCCAUCCUGGACUCAGAUAUACAGCGGUGAGACAGUCACUGUCAGAUGUGAGAUUCAGGGAGGUGAAGGAGCUCAGUGGACGUAUGAAUGGAGACAAGGCCAGUCAAACAUACCUGAAACAUCCAGUGAAUACAGAACCACAGUUCCUGAGUCUGACAGUGGAGGAUACAGCUGCCGGGGCAGAAAGGACUAUUUGUUAACAGAGUGGAGUGAUAUCAUCAGACUGACUGUAUCAUCUCCUCCUAAGCCCACUGUGACCCUGCAGCCAUCCUGGACUCAGAUAUACAGCAGUGUGAUAUACAGCAGUGUGAUAUACAGCGGUGAGACAGUCACUGUCAGAUGUGAGAUUCAGGGAGGUGAAGGAGCUCAGUGGACGUAUGAAUGGAGACGAGGCCAGUUAAAAACACCUGCAACAUCCAGAGAAUACACAAUCAGCAGUGCUACUAAGUCUGACAGUGGAGAAUACAGCUGCCGGGGUAAAAGAAGUUCCUCCUGGACAAAGUGGAGUGAUAUCACCAAAUUAACUGUAUUAUCUCCUCCUAAGCCCACUGUGACCCUGCAGCCAUCCUGGACUCAGAUAUACAGCGGUACCACAGUCACUGUCAGAUGUGAGAUUCAGGGAGGUGAAGGAGCUCAGUGGACGUAUGAAUGGAGACAAGGCCAGGUAAACAUACAUGAAACGUCCAAUGAAUACAGAAUCAACAGUGUUAAUGAGUCUGAUGGUGGAGGAUACAGCUGCCGGUCCACAAGAAGCUCUUCCUGGACAGAGUGGAGUAAUAGCACCCCAUUGAGAGUAAUAACUCCCAGUAAGCCCACUGUGACCCUGCAGUCAUCCUGGACUCAGAUAUACAGCGGUGAGACAGUCACUGUCAGAUGUGAGAUUCGGGGAGGUGAAGGAGCUCAGUGGAUGUAUGAAUGGAGACAAAGCCAGAAAAACAUACCUGAAACGUCCAGUGAAUACAGAAUCACAGUUACUGAAUCUGAUGGUGAAGGAUAUAGCUGCCGGGGCAGAAGGGACUAUUUGUUAACAGAGUGGAGUGAUAUCAUCAGACUGACUGUAUUAAAUGAACCCCGUCCUGUCCUCACUGUGUCUCCAUCAUGGCUGAGUCCUGGAGCCUCAGUAAAUCUGAACUGUGAGGUUGAACAUCCGUCUGCAGGAUGGAGCUUCUACUGGUAUAAAGCUGUUCCUGAUCUGAAAACAUUCAACUAUAAAUCCUCCAGUUAUGAGCUGCUACCUGAUGGCAGUGGGACUGCACAGGACUCCUACAUCAUUCAUGGACAAACACACACAGCAGGAUAUGUGUGCAGAGCUGGAAGAGGAGUGGAUGAUGCUGAGAGUGAUGACUCAAAGCUCAUGAUGUCACAUGACCUGUACCAAGCUCUACAUGAGCUGCCAGCAGAUAAAGCAUAUGUUCAUUCAGCAGCGUCUCUCACAGUGAGUCCUGACAGAGUGCAACACUUCACCUUUGACUCUGUCUCACUGACCUGUGAGGGAAACUUCACUGAGUGGAGAGUGAGGAAGUUCUCUGAGGACGGCCGACUCUCUGACUGUAGCAGAAUGACUGGAUCCACAUGUGACAUCUACACAUCAAAGUCAGAUACUGGAGUGUACUGGUGUGAGUCUGGAUCAGGAGAGUUCAGCAGUGCAGUCAACAUCACUGUACAGAAUUAUUAUUAUUAUGGUCCUAUCCUGGUGAGUCCUGUUCAUCCUGUGACUGAGGGAGCUUCUGUUAAUCUGAGCUGCAGUUUGAGAACACAAAAAAUACUUUCCAAUGUGUUUUUCUAUCACAAUGACAAACUUAUUCAAAAUGAUACCCGAGGGGAGCUGAAGAUCUCUGCAGUGUCAAAGUCUGAUGAAGGUUUCUACAAGUGUCAGUACUCAGGAAGAGAGUCAGCACAGAGCUGGAUGUCAGUUAAAGUAACUGUGUCAGGUACUGACAGCUCUUCAUCUCCUGUGUGGUUGAUGGUUGGACUGGUUUGUGGAGUCUCUCUCAUUAUUAUUCUCCUGCUCUUGUUGUAUCGCUGCAGACAGUCCAAGUAUUCCUGCUUCACCAGGUCGAUCCAGUCUGAGAGUCACAGUCCGGGCUCCUCCACAAAUCAUGGAGUCAACCAGAAUGAAACUCAUGUGUACGACUCUGUUCAUCCUGGUACCAAUCACAUCUAUGACUCAGUUACGCCAGUUGAAGACAACAGAAAUGGAUCAGAUGAACAUCAAGAUGUCACAUACGCUCUGAUUGAACUUAAAAACUUUGAAAAGAAGCGGAAGCAUCAUGAACCAGAGCAGAGUGCUGUUUACUCUGAGGUGAAGACGGGAGCUGCAGAGGACAGUCUGAUGUAUGCUGAGGUCAAACACCCCAAAAAAGGAAAAGCCAAGAAGAAAGCAGGAAAAUCAAGUCCUGCAGCUGAUGCAGCAGUUUAUUCUGAAGUCACAUUAGGAAGCUUUCCUGGUCAGUGAGGAGAGCUGCAGCAGCAAAAAGGAGCAUUUUAUGAAUCCACUGUUGCUCCUCUGCUGCUCAAAUAUCAGAUGCUCAGUCUUUAGUGUUUAUGAAGAUGAUAUUGAAUAAUAAUAUGAUAUAUAGUUGGUACUGUGUUUUAGCAU